AUGGAGAAUUGGAAGACACUUUUGGGAGUCAUCUUUCUUGCAUCUACUUUUGGCUUCAUUAACUCACAGAAAAAUGGCUGCAGAAAGGCCUCUGUCGGAGAUGUCGUAUUUCUGGUGGACUCCAACAUCAAGAACCUCCAGCAGGCCCGCUUCAUACGGGGCUUCUUGAUCAGUGUGAUCCAGGGCUUCAAUGUCACCCAAGAGACCAUCCGUGUGGGCUUGGCCCUGUACAGCAAUGUGCCCCAUUCCGAGUUCCUACUUUCCGCCUACCACCAAAGAAACCACAUCGUGAGACAUAUCCAGAAGCUCAAGUUUCAGUCGGGAAGCAACAAGAUGGGCUUGGCCCUACAGUUCCUUCUAGAUCACUACUUCCAGGAAGCAGCUGGGAGCAGGGCAGGGCAGGGUGUGCCUCAGAUCGUCGUGCUGAUCAGCAGUGGUGCAGUCGAGGAUGCUCUGCAGGAACCCGCUGAGGCCUUUAGGAGGGCAGGCAUCCUACUGUAUGCCAUUGGCAUCAAAGAUGCAGUUCCGGCAGAGCUCAAGGUGGUGGCAAGUCAUCCCGUGGAGAAGUUCAUGACCUUUGCUCCCAGCUUCUCUGAUCUGAGAACUUUGGCUCCGAAGCUGCAGCAGGAGCUCUGUGAUAUUUUGGCAGAGGCAGUUCAACCUACCAACCACAUCUCUCCAGCUUGCAGAGAAGCAGUCCUGGCAGACAUUGUAUUCCUCGUAGACAGCUCAACUAGCAUCGGGCCCCAGAACUUCCAGAAAGUGAAGAAAUUUCUUUAUUCUGUUGUUUUGGGGCUUAACAUCAGCAGUGACCAGGUCCGAGUAGGACUUGUCCAGUAUAAUGAUAACAUCUACCCUGCCUUUCAGCUGAACCAGCAUACUCAGAAGAGCGUAGUUCUGGAGCAAAUCCAUAAUCUUCCCUAUCGAACAGGAGGCACAAACACAGGGAGUGCCCUGGAGUUUCUCAGGACCAGCUACUUGACUGAGGCUGCUGGCAGCCGGGCCAAGGACAGGGUUCCUCAGAUAGUUAUCCUGCUGACAGAUGGCGAGUCGCAGGAUGAAGUCCAGGAGGCAGCUGACCUGUUGAAAGAAGACGGAGUUCUUGUGUAUGUGGUAGGGGUUAACGUUCAGGAUGUCCAGGAGUUGCAAAAAAUAGCCAGUGAGCCCUUUGAGAAGUUUCUCUUCAACACGGAAAAUUUUAACAUCUUGCAGGAUUUCUCAGGAAGAAUUCUUCAAACUCUGUGCUCGUCAGUGGAGAGUAAGAUAAAAGAAUUUACCAAGAUUUAUGCAGAUGUGGUCUUUCUUGCUGACACAUCACAGGACACAUCAAGGGUCAGUUUCCAGUGGAUGCAGACUUUCAUCUCCAAAGUGGUUGGCUUGUUGGAUGUGGGCAGAGACAAGUACCGUAUUGGACUGGCGCAGUAUGGUGGACAAGGUCACACUGAAUUUCUGCUCAAUACCUACCAGACCCAGGAUGAGAUUAUUGCUCAUAUCCGUGACCAGUUCAUGCUCCGCGGUGGCUCCAGGAGGACAGGCAGAGCUCUGCGAUACCUUCAUCAGACGUUCUUCCAGGAGGCAGCCGGAAGUCGGUUUCUGCAGGGCAUUCCCCAGUAUGCAGUGGUCAUUACCUCGGGCAAGUCUUCAGAUGAGGUCAAGGAUGCGGCGCAGAUCCUGAAGGAGAAAGGCGUGAAAAUCAUGUCUGUGGGUGUGCAGGACUUUGACAGGAGCGAACUGGAGUAUAUAGGAUCUCCCUCCCUUGUAUAUGAGAAGCAAGGACAAGAUGGAAUCAGAGAGAUAAUUCAGAAUAUGAAUGUGGUGAUCCAAGGACAUGAGUUCACAGUCGAGACUGAGGAGGUUGUUCCUGCAUGUCCAACUGCUUUCCCAGCUGAUGUUGUAUUCCUCAUUGAGGACUUUAGCAGGGUCAGACAAUCAAAUUUCCAACAAAUUGUCAGUUUCUUAAAGACCACUGUCAGAUCUCUGAGAAUUCAUCCUGAUAUUAUGAGAAUGGGCUUGGUUUUUUACAGUGAAGAAUCCCGACUUGCAUUUUCUCUGGAUACCUAUCAGACUGCAGCACAAAUUUUGGGGCAUUUGGACAAAUUAACCUUCCAGGAAAGAAGAGGAGAGACCAAGACUGGUGCUGCCUUGGACUUCCUAAGGAAUAGCGUUUUCCUUCCAGAGAAGGGCAGCCGAAGGCUGCAAGGUGUGAGACAGAUAGCCGUGGUCAUCACUGAAGGCUCAUCCCAAGAUAGUGUUUCCAGACCAGCCUCUCUUCUCCGUAAGGCGGGCAUCACCAUCUACGCAGUGAGCACGCAGCUUGCACCUGCAAGUACGGACCUCAAAAAGAUCGCAUCCUAUCCUCCUUGGAAGCACGUCAUCCCCCUAGAAUCCUUUCUGCAACUCUCUGUGGUGGGGAAUGUGAUUAAGAACCAACUGUGCCCGAAGGUCAUGGACAUAAGUGUCGUCUCUUCUGAGAUGAGCAAUGUUCUUCAAACAGGUUGUGCUAAUGUGGAGAAGGCAGAUAUUUACUUCCUUAUUGAUGGGUCUGACAACAUUCAACAAGAAGAUUUUCUGGAAAUGAAGAUGUUUAUGAAUGAGAUGAUAAAAAUGUUCCAUGUUGGGCCAGACAGAGUACAGUUUGGAGUUAUCCAGUACUCAGAGGGAAUAAGUGUUCAUUUUACCCUCAGUCAGUAUUCCAGUGUGUCAGGAUUGAAGGCAGCCAUUGGUGACAUCCAAAAGAGAAGUGGGGGCACCAUGACAGGCGAUGCCUUGAGGAGUAUGGUCCAGGUGUUUGAAGACACUGCUCGCAUCGGUGUGCCCUGGUAUCUCAUCAUCCUCACUGGCGGGAAAUCCGAGGACCCAGUGGCUAAUCCCUUAGAGAUUUUGAAGAGAAAAGGAGUCAACAUUUACGCCAUUGGAGUCAGAGAUGCUAAUGCAGCUGAACUUCAGGAAAUAUCUAACAACAGGACAUUUUUCGUGCAUGAAUUUGAUUCUUUGAAGAACAUCCAACAAGAAGUGGUAAAGGACAUCUGCUCCUUAGAGACCUGUAAGAAUAGGAAAGCCGACAUCAUCUUCUUAAUCGAUGGUUCGGAAUCCAUCUCCUCAGAAAACUUUGAAAAGAUGAAGGCAUUCGUGAGGAGGUUCGUGAGCCACGCAAAUAUUGGUCCUGAUGAAAUACAGAUUGGCCUUCUGCAAUUCAGCACAACCGCCCAGGCAGAAUUCAGGCUCAACCAACAUUCCUUCAAGAUGGACAUUCUUAGAGCCAUUUCAGAUAUAGAGCAGCUGAAUGAUGGCACCCGCACGGGCAAAGCCCUAAAUUUCACUCUGCCUUUUUUUGACAGUUCAAAUGGAGGGAGACCCGAUGUUCAUCAGUAUUUGAUUGUAAUCACUGAUGGGGUCGCCCAGGAUAAUGUAGCCAUUCCAGCCCAGGCUCUCAGGGACAGAAACAUCAUUAUUUUUGCCAUUGGGGUGGGAGAAGCCAAACACUCUCAGCUUUUGGAAAUCACUAAAGAUGAGGGCAAAGUAUAUUAUGCAGAAAACUUUGAAUCCCUGGAGAACCUGGAGAAGGAGAUUCUUUUUAAGGUCUGCAUUCCACAAGGAUGCAAUGUCGAUUUGACCAUAGGACUUGAUAUCUCUAGUCCCACAAGGCAAGUUAUGCUGAAACUUCAACAGUCACUACCAGAGUUGAUGCACCAUUUGGCUUUUCUUCACAACAUCAGCUGUGUUUCUGGUCCGGUCAACACUAUGUUUCGCUUCUUGGCUACUGGCUCAAACGGCCAGCUGAUCUAUGACUCAGGCAUUGGGAUGCUGAGUAACGAGAGCGUUCAGAACCUUCUGCUUCAGCAGACUGCCAGAAGCAGCCAUAUGGAUGUGGAUUUUUUGCAGGCCCUGGGAAAUAAUGCUCUCCACCCUUCUUCUGCAGAAGUGAAGGUGCUCUUAGUGUUUACAGAUGGACUAGAUGACAAUUUACAAAAACUGAAGACAACAUCUGAGUUUAUCCGCAGCAAAGGACUCUCUGGACUCCUCCUUGUUGGCCUGGAAAAUGUGCAUAAAUUAGAAGAGCUUCAGGAGCUAGAAUUUGGCAGAGGAUUUUCCUACAACCAGCCUCUGAGCCUUUCACUACCAUCUCUCCCAACUACUUUAUUGAGGCAACUGGACACCAUUGUAGAAAGAACAUGCUGCAAUAUAUUGGUCAAGUGUUUUGGAGAGGAUGGGACCAGAGGUGGUAGAGGGACACUGGGGAAGAAGGGAAAGAAGGGUCUUGAUGGAUUACCUGGUUAUCCUGGUGAAGAAGGUCGACAUGGAGAAAGAGGCCUCCAAGGUUAUCCUGGACUCCAAGGAGUGGAAGGAUGCCCAGGUCCAAAAGGGCCUCAGGGUGAAAGAGGAUUUUCAGGAGAGAGGGGCAUCCCUGGUGAGGCGGGUGUAGAUGGCCUAGAAGGAGAACAGGGUGAUUAUGGAAUCCCAGGGCCAUCUGGAGAAAAAGGAAACCGGGGAAACCGGGGCUUGCCGGGACCACCAGGAAAACCUGGAGAACAUGGGAGGCCUGGACUCAGGGGUGAUCCUGGAGAUCCUGGACUUGAUAGUUAUAUCCAAGGCCCCAAGGGAGAAAAAGGAAGGCGUGGGCGCCAGGGAACUUCUAGUUUUGAUGGACCUCGGGGGGGAAAUGGAAACGCUGGCCCUCGGGGACCAAGAGGAAGACGGGGUCAGCCAGGGAUGAAGGGUCUACGUGGAGAAUCUGGCCUACAGGGUUACCAAGGAGAGCGUGGGCAUCCAGGUCCACAGGGACCAACAGGAAGGCAAGGACCACCAGGACACUUUGGAGAAAAGGGCUUGCUGGGGCCUCAGGGGAUUCUUGGACCUCCAGGACCAAAGGGUUCAAAUGGAAAACCUGGACCAAAGGGAAGGAAGGGAGAGAUUGGUGAUGUGGGUGUAAAAGGCUCACAAGGUCAACGAGGACCAAGUGGACAAUCUGGUCAUUUGGGUCAAGAUGGUUAUGGAUAUCCAGGAAGAAAGGGAAGAAAGGGUGAAUCUGGAUUUCCUGGCUCUCCUGGUGCACAAGGAGAAGAUGGUGACCUGGGCCACGCAGGAGAGAAGGGAGCAAAGGGUUUUAAAGGGAAGAGAGGCAAUGCUGGCUUUCCUGGAUUGGUUGGAACUCCAGGUGACCAAGGACCACCAGGACCAGUGGGCAUCAAGGGCCUCAAAGGUUUGGUAGACAAAACGCCUUGUGAUGUUGUUAAUUUCAUCCGAGAAAACUGUCGUGUUUCCAAGUGCCCUGCAUUCCCCACAGAAGUGGUCUUUGCCUUGGACGUGUCGAACGGUGUCACCCAGCAGGACUUUGAGAGAAUGAGAGGCAUUUUAUUAUCUCUGUUGAGGAAGAUGGAAAUAAGCGAGAGUAAUUGCCCAACGGGUGCCCGCGUGGCCAUCGUUUCGUACAGCUCCCAAACGAAUUACCUGAUCCGCUUCUCAGACUACAAGGGGAAGCCCGCUCUCCUGCAGGCUGUGAGGAAGAUUCCUCUACAGCAGUCCUCUGGCAGCAGGAACCUGGGGGACUCCAUGAGGUUCGUGGCAAGGCAUCUAUUCAAGCACGUGCGCUCAGGUAUCCUCACGAGGAAAGUGGCGGUAUUCUUCCAGGUAGGCUGGGCCUAUGGUGCCGAUGCCAUCAGCACUGCCACCCUGGAGCUCAGUGCGCUGGACAUCACCUCCGCAGUCAUCACCUUCACAGAGGGGCACAACCUUCCAGAGGCCCUGCUGAUGGAUGAAACCAACAGAUUUCACUUGUUUACUUGGGAGACAGAGCGCCAACAGGAUGUGGAACAUGUGGCCCGCUGCACUCUCUGCUAUGACAUGUGCUACCCGGCCCAGGGGUGCAAAUCGGCAGCACCCAGGCCCAUGGCACUGGACGCUGACUUGGUAUUCCUGGUGGAUGGCUCCCACGGGGUGGACACCAGCACGUACCACGCCGCAUUGAAUCUAGUGGACGCCACGCUCCGUGACCUGGAGUUCACUGCGCAGCCGAGCGUGUCCCGCCAGGGUGCGCGCACAGCCCUCGUGGCAUACACGACCCCUGGCUACUGGCCGGGAGCGGGGAGGCCCCCAGUGCUCCAGGCCUUCCACCUGACAUCCUACAACCAGCGGGAGCAGAUGCUGCAGCGGGUCCGCGAGGCUGCGCUCCACUCCCUGCAGGGAGAGCCUGCCCUGGGCCACGCGCUGGAGUGGACGCUGGAGAAUGUGCUCCUAAAAGCCUCUCUGCCCAGGAGGAUGCGGGUUCUUUUUGCCAUCGUGGGCAGUGAGACCAGCAACUGGGACCGGCAGAAGCUGAAGACUCUGUCUCUGGAGGCCAAGUGUAAGGGCAUCGUUCUGUUUGUGCUGGCCUUGGGUCCUGGUGUGGGGACCCAUGAGCUGCAGGAGUUGGCCCUGGUGGCCAGCACCCCCCGAGAACAGCACCUGCUACGCCUCGAAGGAGUGUCGGAACCGGAGCUGUCCUAUGCCCGCAGAUUUCUGAGGGCCUUCCUGAACCUCCUCAAAAAUGGGGCAAAUCGGUACCCACCGCCAGAACUCACUGAAGAAUGUGGAGGCCCAAGCCGAGGAGACACUCAGUUGAGAUCACUUUUGCCUCCAACAGGGUGGUCUCAGAACCAGUUUGAUAUAUCUGGCUUUGCUCACCGUUUGGAAGCUCCUGAGGCAACCAACGUUUCUCUAGAGGAGCAGAGUAAAGAUCUUAUGACAUCUACAAUUCAGCAAGAAGCACUUGACACUUUAGCAAAGAAAGGCUAUGAAACUGAAGAAAGUCAAGUUGAAAUGCUAAUUAAACAAAAUCAGACGGGGAGAAAAAGACAUUCAGACACCGCUGAUGGUCCUUGUUCCUUGGAUCCAGUACAAGGCGAGUGCCAGGAUUACAUCCUGAAGUGGUUCUACAGCAAGAAGGAGGGCAUUUGCCGACAGUUCUGGUAUGGCAGCUGUGGGGGCAAUGCCAACCGGUUCGAAACUGAGGAAGAAUGUAAGGCCCAGUGUGUAUCCCAGCACUCCUAG